UCUAAUUCAAACGCACAGUGAGGGCAGCGAAGACGAAGGAGGAGUUGAACACAAGCUCCCAGCAAAAACUUCCCUUGUCAAUGUCUAUGUGGGCCUCGCGGUGUGCAGCACGUCUGGGACAGAAACACUUCGGAUUGUAAAAAUAAACUAAAGUUUGUGACUAACUAAAGAGAGGAGCAUGUACAUUCAAACACGGAGACAUUCUUUUGAGCUGUUAUUCAAGUCUGUAACGGUUAGUUAAAAUAAUGGAAAUUGGGGAAGUAUGGUUUUGCGUGUUAUUGAACGACUUGGAGAGCGCGCACCUACGGAAAGGGUAACCACAUGCAAACGGAUUGGGAGAGGAGGACACUGGUGAAGAAGUGACUAUUUAAUUCCACAAAGAAAUUGUGAGAGAAUUGUGACAGGUAUGAAUAACGGCACGAUAAAAGAUGGGCCCCGAGAGCCCACUAUUCCGGUGAUUAUGUUUAUUUUAGGAGUGGUGGGGAAUGUCAUCGCCAUCGUGGUGCUCCGAAAGUCUCGGAAAGAACAGAAGGAGACCACCUUCUACACGCUGGUGUGCGGGCUUGCAGUGACCGACCUUUUGGGCACGCUGCUGGCCAGCCCCGUCACCAUCGCCACCCGUGUGCAAGGGAAGUGGCCGGGAGGAGAGUCACUGUGUCAGUACUCCGGCUUCAUCCUUCUCUUCUUCUUUCUGGUCGGCCUCAGCAUUAUCUGUGCCAUGUCCAUAGAGAGAUACUUGGCCAUAAAUCAUGCAUAUUUCUACAACCAUUACGUGGACCAAAGACUUGCUGCGUUGACGCUUGCGGGAAUCUACAUCUCCAACGUGCUGUUCUGCGCGCUGCCUGCCAUGGGACUCGGUAAGGUGAAAAAGCAGUUCCCAGAGACCUGGUGCUUCAUCGACUGGCGGACUAACGACUCCACGCACGCCGCCUUCUCCUAUAUGUAUGCCGGGGUGAGCUCUUUCCUCAUCCUCACCACGGUCAUAUGCAACGUGCUGGUGUGCGGGGCGCUGAUUAUGAUGCACAAGCGGUUCAUCCGCAGGACAUCGCUGGGUACGGAACAGGGAGGUCGCAUAGCUGUCCUCAGGCGCAGACGGAGCUUCCAACGCAUGGCCGGCGCAGAGAUCCAGAUGGUCAUUCUGCUCAUCGCUACCUCCGUGGUGGUUCUCAUCUGCUCCAUACCUUUAGUGCUGCGGGUGUUUGUGAACCAGCUGUCUAUGGUUGCGUUCGACGCCCAUUCAACUCCCCUGGAGAAGAACCCAGAUCUCCACGCCAUCCGCAUUGCCUCCAUCAACCCUAUCCUGGAUCCCUGGAUCUACAUCCUGCUGAGGAAGACUGUCCUGCUGAAGCUGGUGGAGAAGAUCAAGUGUCUGUUCUGCCGUAUGGGCUGCCGGGGGCGGGGCUCAGGGGUCAGGGGUCAAUUUCGCUGCGGAGGUGAAGGUCAUCCGAAUUCGUCCAUUGUAUCCCGGGAUUCGCCAUCGCUGGUGUCCCGCGAGCUGAGGGAGGUCAUCAGUACUUCACAGACGUUUCUUUAUUUGCCGGAGGGGACCGGGGGGGGGGGGUCUAGAGGGACAGGGACAGGGGGAGAGGGAAGACCCAGCCCCUCGGCUGUGGAGUGCUCCCUGCUACAGGACCAACAGACACCAGGGGGGGAAGGGGAUGCAAAAUGAUUCCAAAAAGGGCACUUUAGGCCCCAGUAUAUCAAUGAGGACAGAUGGGACAGUUGAUCCUUCACCUCUGAACAGGGUGCCAUCGGUCAGAAAAGACAAGACUCUACAUGUGACGUUUACAGACGAGACACUGAACUU